ACGUGUUUCCUAGGUCGCAGCGUGAGAUGCCUUGUUUUGUGUUGCGGAAGCGCGCGACGGUGACGAUGCUAUGCCAGAAUAGCAAAGAGUGCCAGGUCGUCGCGCAGAGCUCCCCACAUGGGCGAGGGGCAGCGGCAACAGCUUCGAGUCGACGUCACCACCAAAUAAAAUCCCCGCCCGUCUCAAUUGCUCCAGAUCUCCUCCACAUUGCAGUUCAUGCUCUUCCUGCGUCGCAUAGUCGCACGAACACCAGUCUCAAGCCCGUUCACGGCCCGCGCAUCCAAGUACACCCCAUCAAGCACCUUCCUCAGGGCCCUCGCAACCAUGGCGACCGAUCCGACACGCUACAAGCUUAACCACUCCAUGAUCCGGAUCAAGGAUCCCAAGCGCUCGGUCGAGUUCUACGAGUUCCUGGGCAUGAAGCUCCUCCAGAAGCUGCCCAACCCCGACGCGAAGUUCGACCUGUACUUCCUCGCCUACGACAGCCCGAAAGCCGUGUCGCACGCGAACCACUGGACCGACCGCGAGGGCAUCGUCGAGCUGACCCACAACUACGGCACCGAGGACGACCCCAACUACAAGAUCGCAAACGGCAACCAGGAGCCCCACCGCGGCUUUGGCCAUCUGUGCAUCUCGGUCGACAACCUGCAGGCUGCGUGCCAGCGCCUCGAGGAUGCAGGCUACAAGUUCCAGAAGAAACUGAGCGACGGUAGGAUGCGCCACAUCGCCUUCGUGCUGGACCCGGACGGUUACUGGGUCGAGGUCAUCGGACAGAAGCCGCUGGAGCAGACCGAGAAGGAGAAGGAGACGGACGUGGGCACAUACCGCAUGAACCAUACCAUGAUCCGUGUCAAGGAUGCGGACAAGUCUCUGGCCUUCUACAAGGACAUCAUGGGCAUGCAGCUCAAGCGCACCUCGGAGAACGAGAAGAACGGCUUCAACCUGUACUUCCUCGGCUACGGCGCGCCGGCAAACGACUCUGCACCCGAAGGUGUCAGUGCGACGGCCGACCACGAGGGUCUGCUCGAGCUGACGUGGAACUACGGUACCGAGAAGGACGCCAACUUCAAGUACCACAACGGCAAUGAUGAGCCGCAAGGCUUCGGCCACAUCUGUGUUUCGGUCGACGAUCUGGAUGCAGCGUGCGCACGGUUCGAAGAGAAGGGCGUCAACUGGAAGAAGAGGCUGACGGACGGCCGCAUGAAGAACAUUGCGUUCGUGCUGGAUCCCGAUGGUUACUGGAUCGAAGUUGUGCAGAACGAGAAGUUGAAGCAGCGGUCCAACUGGUAAGGCAACAGCGUACGAAGCCGUCCCAAGCCCCAGAUGGCAUCUCAACAGCGCAAUCCGCGCCAACCAACGUAAAUACAUCUUACCACAAAACACCACAAGUGCGUAAGUAGUAGAUAAAGUGCAUACAUAACGCAGAUUCGUUCAUCCUCCUGGGCGUCUACACAACGCAUUGCAUUUCACGCUUCAAACUCACGUGCCGCCGGCUUCGCUCACACAUCGCGUCCGUGGCAAAACACAUAACAUCGACAAACUAACAUUGCAAACACCCCACUCGCAGGAC